UUCGCCGCGUGACGUCAUCACCGUGCGCCGGCGACUCCCAUCGCCGCCGCGGCCAUGGAGUCCAACCGGGACGAGGCGGAGCGUUGCAUCGCGAUCGCGGUGGCUGCUAUCAAAGCCAACCAGGCCGAGAAGGCGCGCCGCUUCCUGGAGAAGGCGCAGCGCUUGUACCCGUCGCAGCGGGUCCGCGUGCUGCUUGACUCUCUCACCAAGAGUGAACAUUCAUCAAAUGGCCAUUCUCAGCCCAAGGAACCCACGAACCCAACCCGUAGGAAAAUGAGUGCUGACUUCCCUUCAGCUAAUGGAGAAGCAGGUGGGGAUAUCAGUAAAGGUUACACUCAGGAUCAGGUAGAUGCAGUUAAGAGGGUGAAACAGUGUAAAGACUACUAUGAAAUUCUGGGUGUGAGUAGAGACUCCUCUGAUGAGGACCUGAAGAAGGCGUACCGGAAAUUAGCACUAAAAUUUCACCCUGACAAGAAUCAUGCACCAGGUGCUACAGAGGCCUUUAAAGCCAUUGGUAACGCAUAUGCAGUAUUGAGCAACCCAGAGAAGAGGAAGCAGUAUGACCAGUUUGGAGAUGCAAAAACCAGUCCCACGCGGCAUGGGCACAGCCCUACAGAUUUCAACCGAGGAUUUGAGGCUGACAUUUCUCCUGAGGAUCUCUUCAAUAUGUUUUUUGGUGGAGGCUUUCCUUCUAGUAAUGUUCAUGUAUAUAGUAAUGGCCGGAUGCGGUAUACCUACCACCAGAGGCCUGACAGGAGGGAACAUCAAGGCGACGGUGGCCUUGGUAUGUUUGUCCAGCUGAUGCAUCUCAUCCUCAUAAUUGUGUCUGCUCUCAGCCAGAUGAGCUCCAGUCCACCUUACAGUUUGAGUCACAGACCAUCUGUCGGCCAUAUAUACAAAAGAGUGACUGAUCAUUUGAAAGUAGUAUACUAUGUAGCUGAGAACUUUGCAGAAGAAUAUACUGGGACAAAUCUGAAAAAUGUGGAAAGGAGUGUGGAAGAUGAUUACAUUGCAAACCUCAGAAAUAACUGUUGGAAGGAAAAACAACAGAAGGAAGGGUUACUCUACAGAGCACGUUACUUUGGAGAUGCAGAACUGUAUCAGCGAGCACAAAAGAUGGGCACACCAAGCUGCAGCAGACUUUCUGAGGUUCAAGCAUCGAUGCAUGGAUAGUUGCCACUGAAACAGUUCCUAGAGAUUUAAACUGCUCAAAUGCCAGAAGACUUUGGGGGAAGUACACUGAGCCAAGGCGACAGACUUUCUAUUUAAAGAAUCAGACCUUAAAUUAAAAUGGAAUUGGAGAAUUAGCAACGCACAACUGCCCUCUCCUAUCUCUCUCUCUCUCUCUCUCUCUCUUGUCUGUCCAUCAUUAGACUUGAAUGUCUCUUAGAACAGGGGAAAAAGACUUAUGCCCUCCCCCCUUCCUUCACUGUCAGAUGUCUCUUUCCUGGGAUCCAGCCAUCCUGAGAGCAAGUGUUGAGGAAUUGUGUGUGUUUUUUUUUAAAGGCCUACUGAAAAUCAGAAUAGAAGAAGAGAGCCUCCUGCAAUUGCACUGGUCACUUCAAAGAGAGAGGGUGAAAUUGGAAGAUCUGUAGGACUAAAACAAAAUCAGUUUUAAAAAGCAAGAGAAAAUAUUUAGAAUUAACUUAUUAGCUGUAAAUAUCUUGUACUUCUAAACUAUGCAGGGAUAGAAUUAAAUUAUUUCAAUUUAUGCUGAACUUCUUAACCCAGGAUGUGUGAACGUUACCCUUUUCUUCCCUCAGCACCCUGCAGACCAGCCUUGUGAAACCUUUCCUACUUAAGGCAACCUUAUCUGAUGACACACAUUUUUAUAUUUUUUAAUGGCUUGGUUUUUCUGGAGAAAGAAAAAACCUGUAGAAUUGGACCUGCCAUUGUUUCCCCUUUUGUAUCAGAGGAUCAGUAAAAUCUUGUGAAAUGUUGUUUCUACACACACAUUUGAACCCAGUUUUGGGACUGGGGUCUAAAUUGCUGGUAUCUCUACAGAGUGUUUGUUCCUCAUAGAGGAAGGAAGCGAAAUUGCCCCAAAUGCUUUCGAAGUUCAUCGCGGUUGCUUGGGUGUUGAUGUGGAGCUUCGUAUUUAUUUAUUUUUUAUGUUUUAGUGGCUCCAACCUUUCUGCCUUGCAAUCAGUGUUAGCUCUGGUACACAGAGCUUUCCACAAGCUGUGUCCCUUUGGUCACCUGUUUUUCCCUGGGCUGAUUGCUUCCAGCUCGCAGCACUACAAAGCUGUAGUCAGCAAAAGCAGCCUCUGCUUGACAUAGUGCUACUGCUGACUUCAUUCCAGGAACCUGGUGUCUGUUGUCCUAUAAAGGGGAGCUCCUGAUCCUCUUGCAGGGGCUGGACACACAACAGCAGUGGAUGUUUACACACCCUCGUGUCAGCAUCCUCCAAAAAACAGGGCCUUUCUGUCAAAGGAGGGUUUGCUACAGUCAUUAUGGCUUGAGCAAAUUGAAAGUGGGAAGAUAGUAAUGUCCCUGGACUGGGUUGCCCUUUUCCAUUAGGGAAUAACCAACCCAUUUUCUCAGUAAUGCUCAUCUUGAUUUGUUUGUUUGUUUGUUUGUUUUAAUACAGUGCUAUCAGGACAGCCUUAAAGCUAUGUUAUUUCAGGCAACUGAGCCAUACGCCAGAGCGUAAACAGGUUAACGCUCCCAGUUAUGAUAAGCCCAACUCUCCUGAGGUAGUUGUAAUCCACAGGGUUUGCUCUUGUCUAGCAAGCGAUCCUGUAUUCAUGUCAACUGAGGAAACAUGCCACACACUCCUCUGGCACAUGGGGGCCUUUGCCCACCAUGGAAUGAAAUAGGGGCUUUGAAUGGGCAAAUGUGUCCGGUUAAUAAAAGAUUGAGUUCUGCCAAGUGCACCAAAUUGCCCUUGACCGUGGAGACGGGAGUCUUCUCCAUAUUUCUGUGUUAAAUUUCAUCCAGAGACAUUAUCAGUAAGAGAUUUCAGACUUCAUUUUUGGAAACUUACAGAAUAACAGAAGGUAUCAAAAGACAGUUUAGGAGUAAAGCUUGAGAAUGUUACUUUUUGGAUUAGAGCUCUUAGAAUCCCCCAGGGUUUCUGGGGAUUUUACUCCAAACAAGAAACUUUCCCAAAUACUUACUAGGUGUACAAGGGACAUUCUUUUAGUCCUGCGCUUCCUCUAGAAUUGACAUACUAGAUCCUAAUUUAAUGUAAAGUAUGCAUCCUGCAUUUAAUCACUACCUGUUACCAGGUUACCCACAUUUGAAGGGGAAAAUUCACUCAGUGUAUACUAUAAGAAGGCCUUCCUGCUUUGCAUUGUCCUGUGAUGGCAGGUAAUUGGACUAUGAUAUUGUCUGAAGUCUCAGCCCUAUCAUCUGACUUGCAGUCAUCCCGGCUCUUAUCUCCAGAGGGUCACCCAUUCAACGGUUCAGCAUGAAGUUGCCCACGUCUUGAAAAAUGGCAUUGGCAAGUCUCAGUGCCUACCUGUCCAACCCUUUUGAUUUCUUACGUAGAUAGCCAUGGAUGGAAUGAACAAUGUGCAAUAAAGAAGCAUAGAUCCUGAAAGAUAAUCUUCAAAGGCUGUAUUUUUUAAUUUAGAAUCAAUUAUACAAUUGUACAUCUAUAAAUAAAGGUUUAUAACAUGAAA